UAAUUUGAGAAUUCCAAAUAAAUGAUUGAAACUAAAAGUGUGUGAUUUCCCCUAAGGGAAAACGGGGUAAAUCAACCCAGACUCUUCCCAGAAGGGAUAUUCAUACCCCAACUCGACUACUCCGUAUUUUACAACCUAAACCAGUGUUAAAUUCAAAUAAUCUGCCUAAACCACAUCUAAUUUUGUCGAUUUCAACCUCUACCCUAACAGUAUUAAAUCGAGUUUUGACGGUGCUGAGUCAGCUGCAGACGUGGCAACGGCAAGAGGAAACUACGUUAUUUUGCUAAGUUCAGUGUGUUGAAUUGAUAUCAAAACGACAUCGUUUCUCAUUUGGGGGAAAAAAUCGAUUUAGGGUUCUAAAUCGUUUCUCUUUGGUUUCAAGAAACAGAGAAUCGAUUCGAUUGUGUGAGAUUAUGAGCUGUUGUCGAUUAGGGUUCUUCACCUAAAUAGAGUUUAUCUUCAUCGUCUCUUCUCUUCUUCUCUUUCGUUUCUUGUUCUGUGGUUCUGAAGGGAUCGUUUUUGGUUGGCUCGAUUUUGUUUGAGUUGGAUCCUGGUGGAUUGAAAUUAGUUCGUGUUCUGGGUUCGUUUUCUGGGUUCGGGUUCGUUUUGUGGAAUCGAGAAGCGUUAUUCUAGGUCGUUGAUGAGAUAUAAUGAGUGCAGUAACAUUCUUUGUGUACUUUGGUGGGAAUUGGACAAGUAAUGAUGGAGAAGAUGUUUAUACUAGUGGUGAAAUGUCAACCAUUGAAUGUCAGCCUGAAGUUUUUUUUACAGUUUUGGGGAAUCAAUUGAGUGAGUCGUUUUAUGGGAAGAAGAUGUCGUACUCUUACUCUUUUGAAGAAGGUAAGGAUCGGAAGGAAUUGAAUGGUGGGAAUUUACUUAAGAUGUGUGAAGGGGCUCGAUGGGUUAAAGUUGUUAAUGUGUGGUUGGUGGAUUCAAUGGAGGAAGACGAAGAAGAUGCUGAGAUUGGUGGUGAUUUAUGUGAAGAAGAACUGAGAGUUGAAAGAGAUGUGUCUCCUUUUGCUGAUGAAGAUGAGGAUGAAGAUUUUGACUAUCACAAUACUCCUCCUAAUUCUGAUGAUGAAGGUGAUGAGGAGAGUUUUGUGAGAUGCAAGCCAGGAAGUGGUGAGUUAAAGAUGCAUCAAGUGUUUGAUAAGAACGAUAAGAACCCUAAAUCGAUUUUUCCCCCAAAUGUGAAACGAUGUCGUUUUGUUAUCUAUUUAACACACUAAACUUAAUAAAACGAAGUCGUUUCCUCAUG